UAUAUAUAUAUAUAUUGUGUAAGUAACCCUAAAGCUUUAGUAGCCCACAUGUGUUGCUACAGACAAAGAAAUGAUAGCGACGAGGUCGUUUUAGCCAGAAUAAGCAGCUCUGUUUCUUGCCAUGAUAUCUCGUACACGGAAAACACUGCAGGUCAACUUAGGAAUUCCAGACUUUGGUUGAAAUGUUAAGGAAAAGCGCUGAGCGGUAUAUUUUUAUAACAGUUCUUGUACAUCUUGACAACAUCAAAAAAAAAAAACCAAUACAUCAGGUCUCAUCAUUCCACAUAGCUCUGGCUGGAGGAGGCGCUCAGGACAACAUACUCAUGAUUUCAACGAUAGCGAGGAAAAGCAACUAUCACCGAUAAGAAUAAAACUCCGAUGGCAACAAUCUAUCAGCCCUUGACUUUAAACAAAUGCAACCUUUUUCGCUGCUUGCAGAUUACAUGCUGUACUUCGACAUUUACUUCGGUACGGAGUGCUUCUUAAACAGCUGUACAGGGGUCAUACUCUUCAGCGGCAUGCAAAAAUUUCGAGUACCAAAGGAGGAACUCGCGGAAAAUCCAACGUGCCACAGCAUCACAAAAUUCGUAGACGAUCCCCUGGAGUCCCUGCGGCUGUUCAUCGCGUGGGCUAUCGUGGCUGCCGUGCUCUGCUUCUGCGGCAGCGUCGCGCUCUCAAUGGUUCUCAAGUGGGGCGCCAUACCUGGCAACAAGCUCAAAGACGACCCCGUGCUGAAAAUGCACGACAAACUGCGUGUAAGCUACCAUUGUCUCGCAGUUCGAACAUCUCCUUUAGUUACAAUAGGCGCCGUGACUGUGCGCUUUCAGUGGACGAAGCGAUACCUGUUCCACUCCACGUGCCGCAUCUCCACUAAUCCUCAUCGCGAUCACCCGUACAGGCAGGCAGAACGACGCGGACAUCCUCACGAUGAGAGAACAUACAGCGGUGUGCAUUUUCUUUAGUUCAUUUUAUGUCCGCGUUGUAUGUUUUCUGCAACAGACUAGAAGAGGAUAUACGACAAGGCCACAUAACUACCUUCACCUGUACGCGCCGUCUUUCAUUGGA